AUGACCGGGGGAGAAACCUAUAUCAGGAAGGGCGAUGGCAGUGCAGUAAAGGUCGAAGGACCUUCCCUGGGACAUUGCGUUAUGCUCCAAGGAGGCCAAGUCGAACACCUAGCCGCUCGAGCCUUCAGGACGACCGAGCGGAUCACAACCAUAACUUCAUACUGCGCAGCCAUACCUGGUCUCUACGACGAUAGCUAUAUCUCAAACGUGCGGCCAUACUGUAAUCUCCCAGAACUGUACACCGAGUGGAGCAACUACCGACUCGAGAAAAUGAAGCAGGAAAUCGAGAAUAUACAAGCUACUAUCAUUCAACACGUUAGUCGGGAUCGGGAUAGUUUCCCGUUGGACGAGGUGUAUCACUUCGCUGAGCAGCAGAUAUCGUACCUUAAGCGUACCGCUCGCCAGAUGGUAGAUCAGACGCUCUGUGCAGAGGUCAGGCGACAUUUUGGCGUUAGGGAGAUCAAUGCGACCAGUGAGAAGUGGGUUGUUGUUCGUGCCCAUCAGAGAUUUAAGGAUCUGCUUCCCGGUGUCAUGGCGCAGACUUUGGUGUGGCGACCUGUUUGUCUGUAUUUGAGUGACUGGGAGGAGACUAAAUAUAUGAUCAGGAGCGGGAAUGUGUCGUUUGUUUAUAGUCAGCAAGGGACGUUCUCGUGGGAUCAAUAUCGAUUCGAAGAGUAUCUAUUUGGUGAUGAGCUUCUUCGACAGGGUCUCAAAGAGGUUCUGUUAGCUUGGCUGCACCGCUUUGACCUGCUUAACCUUGAGAAAGAUAGUUGA